AUGUCCAAAGUCAAGUCCAAGGCUGUCCCUCCCGGGUCCAAACCCGGUGCCCUGUCGAAAGUCAAGGGCGCAGCCGUGACCAAGCCUUCGCAAAGUGUGAAGGCCAAGAGUAAAGUGAUCGCCAAGGAGGUUGCUGCAAAGGAGCAGAAGAAAGACAAGAGAAACAAGAAGAUCCCAGUCAAGGAGCCAACUCCCGAAUCGGAGUCAAGUUCUGAGGAGGAAAGCUCCGAGGAGGAAAGUGAAGACUCCACCAGCUCUGAGGAGGAUUCCGAGUCUGAAGAUGAAGUCAAAACCAACAGUGUCAAUGGCGUCAAAGUCCAUGGACAAGAUGAUGCCGAGGAAGAUUCAAGCGAGUCCGACUCUGAAGCAUCGGCGGCUGAAGACGUAGCUCCGAAUGCGAACGGUUCUGCUCCCAAGGCCAAGUCGGCUACCGAUGCUUCGGAAAGCGAGAAAAGCAGCGAAGAGGAGUCUGACGAAGAGGAGAGCUCUGACGAAUCGGAAAGCGAUGAAGAGCCUGCAGCUCCCAAGACGACAAAGACAACCAAGGAAAAUGGCGUCAAGCCUGUUGACGCUGACGCUGCUGCUGAGGACAGCGAUGAAGAUACCGAGAGUACCGACGAAAGCAGUGACGAAGAUCAGAGCAGCGGCGAUUCUGAUGAGUCCGAGGACAGUGACGAAGAAGAGGCAGAAGCGAAACCUGCCAAGCGCAAGGCUGAGGAUGUCGAGACGCCUGCAGCAAAGAAGACAAAGGUCGACAAUGAUGAAGAUUCCAAGGGCUCCAUCCUAUUCGUCGGCAACCUCUCCUGGAAUGUCGACGAGGAGUGGCUGAAGUCAGAGUUCGAAGAGUUUGGUGAGCUCGGAGGCGUUCGUUUGAUCACUCAACGUGAAGAUGGCAGAUCCAAAGGUUACGGUUACGUCGAAUUCGUGAAUGCCCCGGAUGCAGCAAAGGCCCAUGCUGCGAAGCAAGGCUACGAGCUUGACGGUCGUGUCAUGAACGUCGAUUUCGCUAACAAGAAGACUGACGCCGGGGACAAACAGGAGAAACGACGCCAAUCUUAUGGCGACAAGCUUAGUGAGCCCUCCGAUACGUUGUUCUUGGGCAAUUUAUCUUUCGAGAUCACUGAGGACGACGUUUACAACGUAUUUGCGCCCUAUGGAACACCCACCGGGGUCCGCAUCCCCACUGACAAAGAGACCGGCAAUGUCAAAGGGUAUGGCUAUGUCACUUUUCCAACAUUGGAUGAGGCGAAGGCUGCGCUCGAAGGCGCACAGGGUUCCUACGUCAAGAACCGCCCCAUGCGCGUUGACUACGCCCAGCCUCGUCAACAGAAUGGUGACACUCCCGCUCGCAGUGGCCGUGGAGGUCCUCCUCGCGGAGGCCGUGGCGGCGGUAGAGACUUUGGCGGACGCGGCGGACGCGGAGGCCGUGGUGGUGCUCGCGGAGGUGCUCGUGGUGGACGGGGCGGCACUACCAAUCGUGGAGGAUUCGGUGACUUCUCUGGCAAGAAGACCACGUUCUGA